AUGACUUUUCCGAGCUGUCUCAAAGACUCGGAAAUACCCGAGCUAGAGUUGAUGGUCCGAUCUUCUUUCUCUGACCCAGGAAGUUUCUUCGGUCUCAUGAGCAUGUGCGCUGCGCACCGAGCCGCUUUGGCCAUAAACCGCCUUGAUCCGUUCAGCAAUCCCGCUAACUUUGAUCGGGUCACUAACGAUUCUGACUACUGCAUCAUGAAAGCCAAAUCAAUACACGAGAUGAACACCAAAGUACGAGACCCCAGAUUAGCACUCAGCAAUGAGGCAUUCGAUACGAUUGUCAACCUCCUCACCGGAUCAUUAAUCGCAGGGUUGUUUGACGAAGCUCGGGUUCACCUGACUGGCUUGAGGCGCAUGGUAGAGCUCCGAGGUGGGAUCACGCAUAAGAGCAUAAGCUCGUCUUCAAUGUUGUCGGCAAUUCUUACCAGGAGCGAUGUAAAGGCCGGUACAGGGCUGUUAGCUACACCAGUAUUUCCACUGACUUGGGAUACACAACCCGUACCCCUCGAAAUACAGCACCGAAUUCGACCUUCCCCUUCAUCACCAAUCCGACGACUUGGCUCUGGAUUCUGGGCGAACACACUCCUCAAACCACCAUUACUACGUAUCUUAAAUGUGAUACGGGACAUGAUCUUUUACAGUAUCACCGUCCAGGUUGCGCCCGAAGCCAUUCACUUCAGUGACCAUGAUUUUUUCCGAGUUCUCAAUUGUGAAACCGAGCAUCAACUGCUUAGUUAUAUUAACGCUGAAGACUACAGGUCCGAGAGAAUUCAUCCAAUUGAAGCAGUCACCAGUGUAACUUCGAUAUGUUUUCUCAACUACUUUCUCAUUGUUUCCCCUCCAUCCUCAGGCCUCGGACGAGCUCUCACAAAUCAUCUCGUGAGAGUUAUGAACAAUUUCAGACUUACCCUUCUGCUCGAGCUACCCAGAGAAAACUUUGGACUUUUUGCUUGGGCUUUGUUCAUCGGAGCUCAAGGCUCACUCGGUCAGCCCGAGCGACCUUGGUUUGUAGAGAGAUUGGCUCGCGUUGCAAUGCUAUGUGAAUGGCAAACUUGGGAGCAGGUAUCCCGAAUCUUAACCGACUACUUCUUUAUUGCGGCUGCACAAGCACCAAGAUGGCGGGCUAUUUGGGACGAAGCAAUGGCAGGGUUCGUGAUCUCUGCGGAUGAAGUGUAA